AUGUCGUCUUCAUCUCAGGCGCCAGAGUCGUGGAUCUCGGCCUUUUGCUCUCUGGUCGGCCACGAAUACUUCGCCGAGGUGUCCGAGGACUUCAUCGAGGAUGAUUUCAACUUGACGGGCCUGCAGAGCCAGGUGCCAAUGUACAAGGAAGCGUUGGAGAUGAUUCUGGACGUGGAACCCGAAGAUGCCAGCGAAGAGGAAGAAGAUGAGGAGGAAGAUGAAGACGAAGACGAGGACGAGAUGCAGGAUGGUGCGGAGGGCUUGGGUCGGCCGGGAUAUAGGAGGGCGGCAGAUGCUGCGGCGGCUGCGGCGGAGAGGAGACAUUUGCGCAUGGCAAGCGACCUGAGCAUGAUUGAGAGCUCAGCGGAGAUGCUGUACGGCCUCAUACACCAGCGCUUCAUCACCAGCAGACCCGGCAUUCAGCAAAUGGCAGAAAAGUACGAGCUGGGUCACUUUGGACACUGCCCGCGCGUGCAUUGUCAUGGCGCAAAGGUACUCCCAGUAGGCUGCUCAGACAUUCCUGGACAGGAGACGGUCAAGCUAUUCUGCCCGAGCUGUCUGGAUGUUUACAGYCCGCCCAACAGUCGUUUCCAGACAGUGGACGGCGCAUUCUUUGGCACCACUUUUGGCUGUCUAUUUUUCAUGACCUUCCCUGACCUGGACGUGGGCGGAUCUAAGCCUGCACCAUCCCUUGAGACUUCGACAUCUUCUCCUCUCGCCGGCAGUGCGGCAAUGGCACAGAGCAGUAUGUUGACAGACAAGCCAUCGCGAUCCUCACUCUCAUCAUCUCUAGCAUCACAACAACCAGGUCUUCCACCUCCGCCUAUAAACGCCCCUCUACCCAAGCAGCCCGAGUCCAUCAACGGCGUGGCACCCAAGAACCUUGCCCCGGGACUGGGCGCAACGAGCCUGUACGAACCACGAAUCUACGGCUUCCGUGUCGCCGAAAUCGCUAAGAACGGUCCGCGCAUGAAGUGGCUGCGCAGCCGACCUAUGGAUGUCAACGAAUUGGAUGAAUGCAAAGCUUGGGCGCUGAACCAGGAAGCUCUCGCAGAAGCUUUGCUCAAGUCUACGACAGAUAACGACAUGGCUGAUGCAGACAUGGUGGAUGAGAAUGAGGAAAUCGAUGAUGGGGAGGCGGAAGACCAGGACAUGGAGGCUGGUGCAGAUCAGAUGCGAAGUAAUGGCAAACAGGCAAAGGACGUACCUCAGCGGAAAAAGGCGGCGCCUGGCACUGCCCCUAGGAGGAAACCCGACCCUCAGGACGCCGCUUUGAAUGGAGACGCUGUUCGCGUUUGA